CCGAAAUAGAAAGACUCCUCACAGUCACAGCUUCUUAGCCCACACUAUCUCUUCAUUUAUUACCGUUCGUCUUCUCCGCUACUUCUCCCUCCACCAGAAGUACGUCCUGCCGAUGAUCGUGGCUUAAAUUCGCCUCCCCAUUUUCCCUUCCCUCGAAGCCGUCGUCGGCGCCCAAUUUCCGUUCCCGUUUCUUUGUCUUGCGCUGGACGUUCCCUUCGCGCCAUGCGCAGGGGAGGCGUCGGCUUUCACCGUCACUGAAGAACGCCAUGGAACUUCAAGUCAUCUGCAUGCCGGCUGGCGUCUCGUUGCCCUGUUCCCUGCUUCCUGCUCUCCCCUUGCGCUGUCGGCGGGGAAUCGGCCGUUCGUGGGCUUCUCCGCCGAGGAAAAUAAGCACCGACUCUAUCGCGAAGCGGCCAUACUGCAGAGCGGCUGUGGAACCCGUCUACUCGCCUACGCCCUCCGAUCGUCCACUUCGCACGCCUCACAGCGGGUACCACUUCGAUGGAAGCGCACGACGAUUUUUUGAGGGUUGGUACUUUAAGGUCUCCAUUCCGGAGCAUAAGCAGAGCUUCUGCUUUAUGUACUCGAUAGAGGAUCCUGCUUUUAGUAGCAGGUUGGGAGUAGUAGAAAAAACCAUCUAUGGGCCCCGGUUUACUGGAGUUGGUGCUCAGAUUCUUGGUGCGGAUGAAAAGUACAUUUGUCAAUUCUCUGAAGAGUCAAAACAUUUCUGGGCGUGCAGGCAUGAGCUUAUCUUAGGAAACACCUUUGUACCAAAGAAGGAUAUGCCGCCUCCAAGUGGGGAGGUUCCACCACAGGAGUUUGACAGACGUGUCUCAGAGGGUUUCCAGGUUAGCCCAUUCUGGCAUCAAGGAUUUAUAUGCGAUGAUGGAAGGUCAUCAUAUGUGGAGACUGUUAAGACUGCACGUUGGGCAUAUUCCACCCGUCCUGUGUAUGGUUGGGGAGAUAUCACCUCAAAACAGAAAGCAGCAGCUGGUUGGCUUGCAGCAUUUCCAGUAUUUGAGCCCCAUUGGCAGAUCUGCAUGGCAGGCGGUCUAUCUACAGGAUGGAUUGAAUGGGAUGGUGAACUGUAUGAGUUUGAAAAUGCACCAUCAUAUUCUGAAAAGAAUUGGGGAGAUUCUUUUCCUGAAAAAUGGUUUUGGGUUCAAUGUAAUGUCUUCCAAGGUGCACCUGGGGAAGUUGCAUUGACUAUAGGUGGUGGAAAAAGGAAGAUAAUUGGUCUCGCAAGCACAUCCGAGAAUGUGGCUUUGAUUGGAGUUCACUACAAUGGGACAUUUUAUGAAUUUGUACCAUGGACUGGUUGUGUUUCAUGGGAGGUCGCCCCAUGGGGUUAUUGGCACUUUUCUGGUGAAACUGAAAAGUAUAAAGUUGAAUUAGAGGGAACCACGAAGGUACCUGGUACCGUUCUGAGGGCACCGACGAUAGAGGCUGGGCUUAUACCGUACUGCAAAGACACUUGCUUAGGAGAUAUAAGGUUACGGUUGUGGGAAAAGACAUACAAUGGGACUGAGGGAAAGGUCAUACUUGAUGUUACAAGCGAUAUGGCUGCAAUGGAGGUAGGUGGUGGACCAUGGUACACCACCUGGAAGGGCACAAGCUCUUCUCCUGAGCUUAUCAAGCAAAUGCUUAGAUUGCCAGUUGAUGUGGAGGGGUUCUUUGAUCUGGUUCCAAUUCUGAAACCCCCUGGUAUUUAAUUUUGCCAAAAUUGUUUUUUGCACCUUUACUGCAGAUUGUGCUUCAGUAAUUAGACUGGGCAAAUCUCAAUAGCUAGGCACCUCUCCACGAGUAAAAACAUAUAUGGAAAUUCCUUCUCUCAGAUCCAUACCAUUGUUUGUCAUACAUCUAGAUGCCACGAAGCUGGAACUAAUAUUUCAUGGUCAGACAUCCACCAAAAAUUACCCAAUGUGCAUGUGAUUGGUUUCUGGCAUAUCUUCAAAAGUUCUGGCAUCGUUUACUUUAGAAGCAGGUUUCAAAGAGGAGAUAUUGUCCUAGAAGAAGACGAUAAGUAUUGAAACAACCCUUGUACAAAUGACAUAAUUGUAUGCUGGAAUAAAUGCUUUGGAUCUGUUAUUGCA